AUGACGACCGUCUUCGCCCGAAUGGUAAAGUUUUCAAUCGCCUACCCAGUUACCAGGGGAAUGGUUUCGUAUGCAGUGAUAUGGCCAACCGGAUGUCUUAUACAACAAAUGGCUUUUGGAGAUGAAAAAUUUGACUUUGCCAGGGCAGCUCGGUUUGGACUGUUUGGAGCAUUUUAUGUGGCACCGACUUUAAAUGCAUGGCUAACUGUUGCACGUUACUUAUAUCCAAAGAAUGAUCUCCGUAGCGCAAUCAUAAAAGCACUUUUGGAGCAAGUAACGUAUUCACCUUGUGCAAUGGUGAGCUUUUAUUUUGGUAUGUCUUUACUGGAGGGGAAGACGGUCGAGGAAGCUAAAAAAGAAGUAGAAAAAAAGUUUUUACCGACAUAUAAGGUGGGUGUAGCGGUUUGGCCUUUACUACAGGUGUUCAAUUAUACAAUGAUUCCAGAAAAAAAUAGGAUUCCAUUUGUUAGUCUAUGCAGUCUAGCUUGGAGUUCAUUUUUAGCUUAUAUGAAUCACUGUAGUGUAAAAAAGGAAAACUUGUUAGCCAUCAAAUAA